CAUAGACAUUUCUAUUAAUAUGGAGUGAGAAAGCAAUCUCUAUGCAUGGUUGCUGGUAUACACAUCACAUGACAAGUGUGUGGGAAAAAAUGGUCUAAGAACAAAGUAUGAAUAAGCCCUCAUCAUAGCAUUUUCUUUCUUUCUUCCUCCUCGAAGCUCUCACCCUUUCUAUCUUUUCUCUCUUUCCUCUAUCUGCCACUAAAAUUUAUGAGAGAGGAAUGGAUGGUAGGUCUAGUGGCUGAACCUCAGUUAUUGAGCUCAACUUCCUUUUUCAUACAGUUCACUGUUUCUGCUCCGGCCAAUGCUAAGCUAGCAGAAAACAUCAUUAUUUAUCUUCCCACAUAUAGACAGACUCGAACUCAAUAACUCAUGAGUCGUGCCCUUUUCUUGCUAUGGUUUGUUGGGGAGUAGUUAUUGCCCCUGCAGUAACUUAUGCCACCAGUAAACAGACAAAGGUUGAUUCAAGCCUAUAAAGAUGUAGUUAAAGGAAAUGAGCAUUUGUUACCUGGUUUUUCUCCCUCUCUUCUGAGUUCUCUUCUGUAACUUCUUCCUUCACUUCCAAACUUCCACAUAAUUGUGUUGCUGGACGCAAUGGAGAUUGAGCAAAUUUCCUCUGGUGAUGGUGAUGAUCACCUUGCUGGAACUUGCCAUGCUACUGAGGGUGGCGACUCAAAGGAAGUUGAAGAUGUAGCAGCAGAGGCUGCUUACAUUGUGUGGGAAGAUUUAAGUGUCGUGCUUCCAAACUUUGGUGAUGGACCAACAAGGAGAUUGCUUGAUAGGCUCAAUGGCUAUGCUGAGCCUGGGAAGAUCAAGGCCGUCAUGGGUCCAUCUGGGUCCGGGAAAACAACUCUUCUUGAUGCAUUAGCAGGUAGGCUGCCAGGAAAUGUGGUGAUGACUGGGAAUAUCCUACUCAAUGGAAAGAAGAAGAAACUCAACUAUGGUGGUGUUGGUUAUGUGAGACAAGAAAAUACACUGCUCGGGACUCUCACUGUGAGAGAAACCAUAAAAUACUCUGCUCACUUGAGACUCCCAAGCACAAUGACGAAAGAAGAAAUUGAUGACAUUGCAGAGGGAACUAUAGCGGAAAUGGGUCUCCAAGAUUGUGCAGAUCGAUCAAUCGGGAACUGGCAUUUAAGGGGCAUAAGUGGUGGGGAGAAGAAAAGACUAAGCAUUGCACUUGAAAUCCUCACUAAGCCUCACCUUCUAUUUCUAGACGAACCUACCACUGGCCUAGACAGUGCCUCGGCUUUCUUUGUGGUUCAAACUCUCAGAAACAUUGCUAAAGAUGGAAGAACCAUCAUAUCUUCGAUACACCAGCCAAGCAGUGAAGUUUUUGCACUUUUCGAUGACCUUUGCUUGUUAUCUGGUGGUGAGACUGUCUACUCUGGAGAAGCAAAAAUGGCAGUAGAGUUCUUUGCUCAAGCUGGAUUCCCUUGUCUCAUAAGGCGAAAUCCUUCUGAUCAUUUCCUACGCUGCAUUAACUCAGACUUCGACCAGAUCAAACUUCCUUUGAUGGGAUCUAAACAGGACAUGGGUAAACCCUUGGAAUCUUCAACAUACCUACCCACAGGAGAGAUCAAGGCAAUGCUAAUCAAGCAAUACAAGCCAUCCAACUAUGCAGCCAGGGAAAAAGAAAGAAUAAAGGAAAUCCUGGCUAUUAAAGGAAAUUCAAUUAAAAGAAAACUGAAAAGGCAAGCUAAUUGGUCAAAGCAACUCUGCACAUUGACACAAAGAUCUCAUGUGAACAUGAGGAGAGAUUUGGGUUACUACUGGGUGAGGAUAGGAAUCUAUAUAGUCUUGUCUGUAUGUGUCGGUACCAUCUUUUUCGAUGUUGGAACAAGUGGUUCAGUCUUUGCAAGAGGAGCCUAUGCAGGAUUCAUUUCAGGCUUCAUGACAUUCAUGUCAAUUGGAGGCUUUCCUUCCUUCAUUGAGGAAUUGAAGGUUUUCCAUGAAGAAAGACUAAACAGGCACUAUGGAGUAGGGGUGUACAUUCUAUCAAACUUCCUCUCUUCAUUCCCUUACUUGAUAGUUAUGUCACUCUCCACGUCGAGUAUUACCUAUUACAUGGUGAAAUCUAGAGCUGGGUUUUCAGGAUUUGUGUUCAUCUUUCUCGACCUUCUAAGCUGUAUAGCAGCUGUUGAGAGCUGCAUGAUGACCAUAGCUUCACUUGUUCCCAACUACUUAAUGGGUAUCAUUAUUGGAGCCUGCUAUAUCGGGAUCCUAAUGAUGACUUCGGGCUUCUUCCGUUUCCUGCCUGAUCUUCCUAAGGUUCUGUGGCGUUACCCAAUCUCGUACGUCAACUUUGCUGUAUGGGGACUACAGGGAGCAUACAAGAAUGACAUGAUUGGGCAGGAGUUUGAAGCUUUAAUACCUGGUGGGCCAAAGCUGAAAGGUGAAGUCUUUCUGACUACAGUGCUGGGAGUCAACAUUGGAUAUUCGAAGUGGUGGGACUUGGCUGCAGUUGUUGUUAUCCUGAUAGCUUUCAGACUUGCCUUUUAUGCUAUCCUCAAGUUAAAAGAGAGGUCUUCACCUCUGCUGAGGGAGAUUUACACCAAGCGAACUCUGCAUCAUCUAAAGAAGAAAAGGCCAUCUUUUAGGAUUUCGAGUUCUUCGCGCUUCCCUUCCAAGAGGCAUCAACAAGUCAUUCAUUCUUUGUCUUCUCAAGAAGGUCUCUUCUCUCCAAUCCACUAGGCUCGCUGUACUCAACCCACCUAAGAAGAAACAAACAAUUGGGCAAUUAGUGGAAGUGCCCCUCACCACAUAUUUCCACCCAUAUGCAUAUGUAUAUCAUGUCAUCAUGCUUAGUUGUGACAUCCUAUAAAAUUGGAACGAUACACAGAAAAUCGUGUUCUAGUGGUUACCUUGCCAUAUUGUAAGUUCUCAUGAUGAUAAGCAAUGUUCUAAAAGUUCUAGCUAGAAGAAAGCAGCAGAGCAGGACUUCUCUUGCGACCUAUGAAAAUGGCUAAUCAGCCCUCUCUCUAAAUUCCAAUAUCAAACACUGGUUCCUUUCUCUCUCUCUCCAUUCAUCACCUUUCUUUCCAUCUUUCAUCUUUUCAGCCUUUUUUAUCACCUACCUUUUCCCUACCAUGCGUUGAAGCUUGGGAUCAGGAUGGAUGUUGCGGUAGGAAAUGCAUUGUUAAGCAUGUACGUGGACCUAUUUCGUAUAGAAGCAGCAAAGAAAGUCUUCUCUGACAUGGAAGAGGUCGAUGUUGUAUCAUAUAACUAUUUGAUUUCUGCAUUGGCAAGCAGCAAUUGCAAGGAUAAAGCUUGGGAGCUCUUCGGAGCGAUGAUGAUGCAACAAUCAGAAAUCAUGCCAAACUCUUACACAAUGGUGUCUCUGCUUUCUUGUUGUGGGGAUGAAACUUAUCUCAAUGUCGGGCGUUGCAUCCAUGGAUUAGUGAUUAAACUUGGUGUGAAUGAUAUUACAGAAUACUGCUCUUGCUGAUACGAACAUGAUUUGUGGCGAUGAAGAAACAGCGAGGAAUCUAUUCGAGGUCUGUUCACGUAGAGACCUGAUCUCUUGGAACGCUAUGAUUUCUGCCUAUGUGAAAAAGAACCAAACUGAUGAGGCUCUAUCACUAAGUAUGAUCACUGAGGUGGAGCCGAACUCCAUCACCAUUAUCAACGUUCUCUCGGCAUGUACUGACCUUGCCAAUUUGCCUCGUGGACAGCAAAUUCAAGCAUAUGCAGCCCGCAGAUUCUCCCCUCUCGAAUUCGACCUCUCUCUGGUGAAUGCUUUCAUCACAAUGUAUGCACGAAGCGGCAGCGAACAGGGUGCUGAAAACAUCUUCAGAACUCUGCAGGAGAGGAAUACCAUAUCAUGGAACGCCAUGAUCAGUGGAUAUGCCACAAAUGGCUCCUCUGCUGAUGCCAUCCAAGCCUUCAUGGAUAUGUUGGAAGAAGGAUUCCAGCCUAAUGGCGUGACAUUCUUAUCCAUACUGUCUGCCUGCCGCCAUGGUGUUUUAAUAAGAAAAGGCCUGCAGAUUUUCAGUUUCAUGGUUCGCGGCAUGAAAAUAACUCCCCAACUUGCUCAUUACGGGUGCAUAGUUGAUCUACUUGUUCGUGGUGGGUUCUUACAAGAAGCUAGAGAGUUUAUCAAUUCCAUGCUGGUGGAACCUGAUGCAUCGAUUUGAAGAAGUCUACUGAUUGGCUGUAGAUUCAUUGUGACCCUGAAAUGGCAACAUUGGUUUUUGGUAAGCUAAUCGAUUUGGAGCCAAAUAAUCCAGGAAACUAUGUUUUGCUGGCCAACAUAUAUGCUGCAGCAGGGGUUUGGUCUGAGGUUAGGGAUGUAAGAGCAUUGUUGAAAGAGAAGGGUUUGAAGAAGCCUCCAGGAAUUAGUUGGAUCAUUCUAGGGGGUCGUGUUCACUCUUUUGCUGCCGGAGACACAUCACACCCUAAAUCUGUUGAGAUUUAUGCUAAUCU